GAACCGCCCAUUUCCUUUGGGAAAAAAGUGGUCAGCUAUUUUUUUUAAGCUGACAUCUUUGUAUUUUUAGCUGUUAGCCAUUGCUGCUAAGUAACGUUUCAAGGUAUUUCUUGUAUCAAAGUAUAUACACGAAUUGCACGAAGUCCACGCUGUGAACAAGAGCAGUUACGCGGCCUUUGAAAAGUUACUAUGGAAGAAGUGCAGCCGGGCAGCAAUGGCACUGAGUCACAGACUACCAUCAUUCCCACUACCAUCACAAGCUCUCAGUUCUCACAGAUAGCACAACAGAUGUCACUAGGUGGUUCUUCUGUGGCUGUUGUACAGCUGCCAGGGGGUCAGUUUCAGGUUCAAGGAGUGAUCCAGUCUGCACAGUCAUCAGUCAUCCAGUCCCCUCAGAUGCAGACUGCACAGGCCCAGGGUUCAGAUAGUGAAGAUUCACAGGACUCGUCAGACAGUGGAGUUACAGCCCAAAAGACCAGAGAAAUACUGGCAAGACGGCCUUCAUACAGAAAAAUCCUAAAUGAACUUUCAUCUGAGGAAAUGGCGCACAUUGAGGGAAAGGAUAACAGCCUGGCAUCCACAGGAGGUGUUACAGUACCCACCACCCAAAUCUACCAGACCAGCAGCGGCCAGUACAUUACCAUAGCCGCUAAUGGCACAAUCCAGCUGGCAACUCCAGGGUCCGAAGGCAUUCAGGGACUACAGGCUGUCACCAUGGCCAACUCGGGUGGAGCCCAGCAAAGCACCACCAUCCUGCAGUAUGCCCAGACACCUGACGGCCAGCAGAUACUGGUGCCUAGCAACCAGGUUGUUGUACAAGGUGCAGGAGGAGAGAUGCAAACAUACCAGAUCCGCACAGCUCCCGCAUCCAGCUCCCUGCCUCAGACUGUAGUAAUGACCUCUCCUGUGGGACUAUCUCAGGGCAAGACUGAUGAUCCAACAGUGAAGAGGGAAAUCAGGCUUGCAAAAAACAGAGAGGCAGCCCGUGAAUGUCGACGGAAGAAAAAGGAAUAUGUUAAAUGCCUGGAAAACCGCGUAGCUGUUCUUGAAAACCAAAAUAAGACCCUGAUUGAAGAACUCAAAACAUUAAAGGACCUUUAUUGUGUUAAAACAGGAUAACCUGUUUGAAUAGAGGUUGAGGAUUGAGACAAAAUGUGGGAGCGGCACAGCUCAGCCAUUUGGAUAUGAACAGGGUUUCUGGGAACACUUCAUUUCAGGCUGAGAUCCUCCAAUUUUUUUUACUCUGUUUGAUAUAAAAGUGACUUGUGAUGGCAGUAAGAUAUACUCGACAAAUAAAAAAGAAAUUGGCAUUUUUCCACCUGCUGUGUUUUUAAAAAAAAUUGCUAAUGCUAUAACAUUUAUAGUUGUGUACAUUUUUAAUACUGGGAGGUUUGAAAUUGUGAUCUUUAACUUUGAGUCUCAGUUUCUAAAUGUAUCCCUUUUCUUUUUUCUUGUGUUUUUAAAAAUGUUGCUGUUGGAGUUAUUUUUAAAAAAUCUUCUAACAGCAUCUGUAAUUACUACACAGACAUAAUUCCUGUUUAUAUUGUGAACCAGCAAUUCCCCUCAUUUCCCUACAAGGAGAUGUUACAGUUGUCAUUCCUUUAUUUUUGUGCAAUGGAAUAUAAAGGGUAACAGAAAUUAUGACAUUGAGUGUGGUUAUUUCUUGGCAGUUACUUAGACAAUCAGGGAAAAAAGCACAGUGUCCAGGUAAUAUUUAUUAUGUACAUCUUGGGAGGGGUGGGGAAGAACAAACGGUGUAUGAAAUGUUGCUGAUUCUGUAAGUAAAUAAAUAUAUUUUCACUGAAUAAA